UGCACGGGCGGAUUGGGAUGGAUUUAUAGCACGGGAAAUCGCUGCGUUAUGAAUUUCAUAAAAUCUUUGCUUUUCAGCUGUGGACUGUAUUCUUUCGAGAUCUUGCCAUAUUUGUUUAUUCACUCUCCUCUGUUAAAUACGUAAUAACGGAAUAAGUGUACGGUUUUUAGAAAACAUCUUGUUGUUUGUAAAGCAGGCCGCUCAAGCCUCGGAGUUUCCUAAUAUUUUGUCCGGCAUGUUGUGCUCGGCCCACAGGAUACUCGCGGCUUUUCUCACCCGGUGCCGAACCAUGGUAUCCACCUAGUCCCCGGUUUGACUGCAGUGGUCGUAGUAGCGACGCAUUUCUCAUCUACGAUUGACUGAGAGCUGUUGUCACUGCCAGCAUACUUCUUAUACAACACUCUACUGUGAAUACAGGAGUCUUGACAGCAUUGCAAGCUGAUUGGUGAAUCACUCUGAAGUGAAGCUGACUCUCGACAGGCAACUAAGUGAACUGUGGUCCCCAAACAGAAGCAAUACCAUAUUACAAGACUUUUUUUUUUUUUACAUUGACAUAUUUGGCCAGAGACUUUACAAUGGCAUCUGUUCCAGUUUACUGCCUAUGCCGUCUCCCUUACGAUGUCACCCGGUUCAUGAUUGAGUGUGAUGUUUGUCAGGACUGGUUUCAUGGCAGUUGUGUUGGUGUGGAGGAAGACAAAGCGGCAGAUAUUGACCUGUAUCACUGUCCUAACUGCCAGGUGACACAUGGACCCUCUGUCAUGCGCAAACGUCGGGGGGCUAUUAAACACGCUGAUGCUGGUGUGGGGAGAGACUCAGGACGACCUGUGAAGACGGGCAGUGCUCAGUUUGUCAGAGAGCUACGCAGCCGCACUUUUCCCAGUGCUGAUGAAGUCCUGCUGAAGCCGACUGGGACCCAGCUCACGGUUGAGUUUCUAGAGGAGCGCUCCUUUAGCGUCCCAGUCCUGGUCCUCAGGAAGGAUGGUCUGGGCAUGAAUUUGCCCCCAUCGUCUUUCUCUGUGUCGGAUAUAGAGCAUUAUAUUGGUUCUGACAAGGAAAUCGAUGUGAUUGAUGUCAGCCGCCAAGCAGACCUGAAGAUGAAACUGGGAGAGUUUGUCGAGUACUACAACAGCCCAAACAGAGACAGAGUGCUCAAUGUGAUCAGCUUAGAGUUCUCAGACACCAGGUUGUCAAAUCUAGUGGAGACACCAAAGAUUGUGAGGAAGCUGUCAUGGGUGGAGAACCUCUGGCCUGAGGAGUCUAUUUUUGAGAGGCCUAAUGUGCAGAAAUACUGCCUGAUGGGAGUGAAGGACAGUUACACAGACUUUCACAUUGACUUUGGUGGAACUUCUGUGUGGUACCAUGUACUCCGGGGUGAGAAGAUCUUUUACCUCAUUCGUCCCACUGCUGCUAACCUGUCGCUUUUUGAGCGCUGGAGUUCAUCCUCCAAUCAGAAUGAGCUGUUUUUUGGGGACCAGAUAGACAUGUGCUACAAAUGUUCACUAAAGCAAGGAAACACCCUCUUCAUCCCAACAGGGUGGAUUCAUGCUGUUCUGACCCCUGUCGACUGUUUGGCAUUUGGGGGAAAUUUUCUACACAGCCUCAACAUUGACAUGCAGCUUCGAGCGUAUGAAAUAGAAAAGCGACUGAGCACAGCAGACUUGUUCAGGUUUCCAAACUUUGAGACCGUGUGCUGGUAUGUUGGCAAGCAUCUGCUGGACACCUUCAGAGGUCUAAGAGAGAAUCGACGGCAUCCUGCCACAUACUUGGUCCAUGGAGCCAAAGCUCUCAAUAAUGCUUUCCGCAGCUGGACACGGAAGGAACUUGAGCUGCCUAAUGACUGUCUAGAAGAUUUUGAAGAGAAGAUCAACAAGGGCAAGCUUAAGCUUGUGCUGACUAAUGGAAAGAUACAAGGGAAGAAGGGUCGUUCUGGCAGUGCAAAUGGAGCCGGGAGUUCAAUUCAACAGUUCCAGACCCACAUGGCUACUUUGUCUGACUUUGACUCAGAAGACGAGCUUCAGAUUGAUGAAACCCCUCCACCUCGCCGUAGACCGUCUCUACCUAGCAAGAAAAAAUUAGCUGGUCUACCAAGGAAACUACCUCGGGCCAAACCAUGCAGCGACCCCCACAGAAUCCGUGAGCCAGGAGAAGUGGACUUUGAUAUUGAGGAGGAUUACACCACAGAUGAAGAGAUGCUCACAGUGCAGGGUGUGAAAGGCGGAGCAGGUGGGAUUUUAGACUUGCUCAAGGCAAGCAAACAGGUGGCGGGUCUUGAUUCUGCACUGAGUGAGGAAGCACCAGCCUCCCCCAGCACCCGUGAUGCUAUCCAGGGCAUGCUCUCGAUGGCCAACCCUCCAUCUUCCUCAUCCUCUUCCUCCUCCUCCUCCUCCUCUCCACUAUCUAUCUCUGGAGGAGGUGAGAUGUUGGGGCUUAUGAAGGAGAAAGGAGGGAGAGCUGGGUGGAUAAGUGGAGUCAAGAAGAGUGAGAAAAAGACCACAUUUCAGAGGCCAGGAAAACGGCCUAUCAAACGUCCAGCACGGCACCUCAGUGAUGAAGAAAGCUUGGAUGAACAGGAGACCUUGGGUACCUGUUUUAAAGACUCUGAUUAUGUGUAUCCAUCACUAGAAUCUGACGAGGAGGAUCACAUAAGCAAGUCAAAAAUGAAAAGAAAGCGAAACUGGGAUGAUACACCCUGGAGUCCUAAAGCCCGUGUGACCCCUACACUGCCUAAGCAGGAGCGGCCGGUGAGAGAGGGUGCAAGGGUGGCUUCUGUAGAAACUGGGCUUGCAGCUGCUGCUGCCAAACUGGCACAACAGGAACAGCAGAAAACCAUAACCAAGAGAAAAUACACCAAGAAGAAGGUCCCUCAAGAGAAAGUACAUUCUGCAGCUGCCCAACUCCAGCGCCAGCCGGACUCUGCACCCGUGUCUCCUCCUCUGCCCUCUGAGCCUCCUGUGGACUGCAUAGUUGAGGAGAGGAGAGUGGAGGUGUACUCUGCCAGCUUGCUGGACCACGAGUACACAGCAGGACCAGGUCCGUUCAGCCCAGGGGGCCCAAGAGGAAGUGGUGCCAUGGCCCCUGGCGUGUUCCUGACUUCAAGACGCCCCUCACUCUCUCCCCAAAACAGCAGCAGUUAUUCUCCCUCUGCCCCCUCACCUGGAGGGCUGGCUACUCCAACGUCAGCAGGAGUGUGUCAAGGAAAACGUCCAAAGAAAGGACUUGCUACGGCUAAACAGAGACUGGGAAAGAUUCUGAAAAUACAUAGAAACGGCAAGCUUCUUCUGUAGUUUGAUAAUAUGGAGAGGAGACUGCAGGGAACAACAGAGGAGGAGAAAACUAAUAAGGAUCAGAGAGGACUUGAGUGAUUGUGGUGUUAAUUUAUGUGACUGUUUUAUGGUUAAUGUUCUGCUAGCCUGGUUUUUAUUUGCUUCAUCGGGAUGAAAAGUGAAAAGAAUGGUAACUUGCUGUGAGAAAAUUCAAUUGAAAUCCAUUUAGCAUGGUGUUUUAGAAUAGAAAUUCUAUUUGAAAAGCAAAUAGAUCUAAACCGACGGAUACAAUAAUGGAGUGAUGACUGUAUUGCUAAUUGUUUUUCCAUAAUUUUCAGUGCUCCACCUCUGAAAACGAGCUGCGUACAUGUACACUUCCCUUUGUUUCAUAGUUAUUAAUUGACUUUUAGUUUUAACAUUGUAUAUUUCUAGAAAAAAAGCUGAAUUCUUAGGAGCACUUGAUGUUAGAUCCAAUUGCCUAAAGCCAUUGUAAACAAAAAGAUUACAUUGUUCAGAAGAUCUCUGACUGGUUUAUUUGAAAAAUUGACUUGAGGAUAAAAAUAGGAUUGAGGUUGUUGUUUGGCCUGAAUUGUCAAAAGUCAAUUUAUAAAUGGCACACUUUCUCAUGGCUAUUUGUCCCGGUCCAGUCUCCUCCUGAAGCCAUGCAUAUUAUUUGUUUACAUGCUUCAUUUAGUAUCUAUUCAUAUCAAAUUAUUUUAUACCAUCGAAGGCAAUUUGAUACACAAUUGACCGUAAUUGCUGUAGAUUAAGUCCUGUAGUAAGGUCUCUUUGCUUGUUAAAAUGUUUUUACUGUAAUACUAACACAUUUUUAUCAACAAUUGUAUUUUAGAUGUGUAUAUACUUUAAGUUUGUCAUGUUUUGUUUGUUUUCCACUUAGCAUGGGCAGCAUAGUGUCCUGUCACCAUUUGGCCAGGGUUAUCUUUGCCAUCUAUAGUACAGCUUCAUGUUUAAUUGUAGAGGUUGAGUUCAGUGGUGGGCACGUUUUAGUAAUUGUAGAGAACACAGAAAUUGACUUUAGUGCAGUUUAAGAUCAUAUGGCUGAUUCUGUAGGUUCAGUGUACAUAUUUGGUGUUUUAUUAUUUUUUUAUUAUUAUUAACUUUUUUUCUUUAGAAAGAAAGAAAUUGCAUUGGAAUCUUUCUUGACACCUUGUACAAAAAUACAUGUUUUGAGGUAAGUAAUAGCAUACAAGUUGUUUAGUUCAGUUUUAUUUGUAUAGGAUAAUUAUGCUGUUAUUUUUCAUUGACGCUUAUGAUAUUAGCAAUGUGAUGAAGUUAAUGUAUUCUAUUGCUACUUCAAUGUUAUUGUUCAUUUUAUUUUUUCCCCCACUUAUCAAUUUGAAUGUCAAUAUACUUUAGUUUUGCUUUUUAUAUAUAAUACUCCAUUCUAGAAGAGUAAAAUGUAACAUUUUCUUGUAAUUUUAUGUAAUGGCAACAGUAUUUUUUUAGUCUUCUCCUUUGACCAUUAUGUCAGAACCAAAAAAUAUUGAUAAAUUAGUGGGCCAGUGUAAAUAUUAUUUUAGGUUUUUUUUUUUUCCUUCUUUUGUCCCCCCUAAAAAUGUCACGGAUCUUGUCAUCAUGCUAUCCAAAUGUAAUUAGAAACAUGUUUUGAGGUUUGUAGAAAUUUGUUUUGAACGUGAAAUAACGGAAGACAGUUGUUCGAAUAUUCUGGUAAAACUAUAAUUUUUUAGACAUUUUCACAUGAUUCUGAAAUUAUUCUGGAUAUUUCUGUAAUAUUUUGAGUUUUUUGUACAUUUAUUUGAUUUGUCAUCUUCUUCACAUCGUCUCUUAAUGUUGCUACUUACACCCAUAUUUUACUAAACAUCUGUGCCUUCAGUAAAGUCCCAAACAUAGCGACCUCUCUUACUGAAACUGUGCAUAUCUGCACAUCUUUUGAUACUAGAUUUAAUUUAAUGGCAUCUCUUGUCUACUGAGACAGCUAUUCAGGAUUUCUGGCCAUUGACAUUGAAAAACAGGAAUGAUGUGAAGCAAGAUGUGCAACAAAGAAAGUGUUCAAAAACCUCAAAAUAUGCGAGGACUGACUUUUAAAUAUGUUCUUAUUAAAACUUACAUUUACUUAAGUUAUUCUCUUCUUAUUACCUGAAGUUAAUUGUGUGCAUUUUAGGAUUUAUUUAUCUUUUAACCAUUUUCUUGUCUGCUAAAGUUUAUUUUGAACAAUUAAUGUUGAUCACACAGUUCCUCUCAGGGUUUAUUUUGUAACUAAUAUCAUUUUGAUAGAAUCGUUUAAAAAGAGCAACAGUAGUGUUAGGAGUUCACAUUCAGGACCAGUUAAAAACCAAGUAAAAUUUGAACCCAUUUAAUAUUUAUAAUUGGACGUUGUCUUUUGCUAUUGUCACCACCUUUGGUUUUUGAAACGGCUUGAGCAGAUU